UCCUCUUCGAGUCAGCUCACUCGCUUCGUCCCCCAAGCCUCAGGUCAUCCGUUGUCAAGAGAAGGAGAGAUUGCCUCAAGCAUGUCGUCUACCGCAACGGAAAAGUCGCCGGGCUGGGAGGAGCGCUGGUCUACCGAGGAAAGCCAAGCCAUCCUGCAGAAGUUUGCCGCGGAAGAGAAAAAGAUGCAUGAUGACGACAAAAAGAAGCCCUUCAGGUGGCUUCCUUGCCUAGGAGCCACAGACUCGGUCGACGAUGAGUCGGAAGUGGACGUGGACUCGAACCUGCAGGAGGUGAAAGCGGGCAAGGUCGACAAGGACGGGAACUUCAACAACUGGGCCUCCACGGCACCUUCUAAGCCCGGGAAGGUUAUCACCCCCAAGUCUGUGUCGGAGGUGCAGGACAUCCUGGCUGAGGCCAGAGCUUUGGCUCCCUCGCCCAAGAUACGAUGCACCGGUUCGAGCCACUCGUGGACUAACCUCUUCGCGGACGACGGUGCCUGGCUCGUGGACACGACCGGCCUCAAGGACAUCGUUUGGAGCGCGGACGAAAACCCGACACAGGUUAAGGUCGGACCGGGAGUCACCGGCGGGGAGCUGGCGACCUUUUGCGACUCGAAAGACAGGGGCGAGUGGCGGGGCAUGUUUAUCCAGUCUGACGUCAUCCUGGAGACGGUCACGUACGGAGGCGUGGUUAACGCGGCUUGCCACGGCGUCGGGCAGACACAGACCGUCUGCGACUACGUGGUGGCGACCACCAUCAUCACGUGGGACGGCAAGAGGGUCGAGCUGAGCAGGGUCGACGACCCUGAAGGCUUCGCUUUGAAGAUCGCCCACUUCGGCCUCCUUGGGAUCACCGUGGACUUCACGUUUCAGCUCGACAGCGCGCGCACCGCAAUCAAGGUGACCGAUCGCAAGCAGCGCGCUAGGGAGACCUUCCUGGAGAAGGGGCAGCUGCCGGCGGAGGGGUCGAGCAACCCACUGCUUGACCUGUGGAACGAGAACUACGCCGUCGAGAUUUUUUACUUCCCGUCUUCGAGCCUGGAGAUCACCAACGUCCUGAGCCACGAGUUCGAAGAUCAGGACUGGGACGAAUACGACGACAUCUGCACUCUCAAGAUAUUCAACCGCACGGACAACGCCGUCGGUAAGGACGAUGAUUCGUUCUGGGGGAAGGAUCAGAAGACUUCGACGAGGUUCGACCACAACUUCAGCAUCACCGACUUCCUCAAGAUCAAUCUGGGCACCAAAGUGGCACUCAACCUCAUUCAGAACUUCGGAGCGAAGCCCGCCCUGGUGUCUCUUUACGCCAAGACAGCCGCCAAGGCCUUCGAGCCGGUCUUCCAGACCACAGGGGAAGUCUCCUACGAGACGUCGUUGGCACAGGCGAUCCACUGGCAAAAGUACAUCACCGACGGCCUCCCCGUGUCCGACACCGAGGUGUGCAUAAAGUGCGAUCCAGACUUCACCAGCGCGUACAAGGCCGUCCACGAGACGAUCGCCAUCGUCAAGAAAUUCGCUGAGGUGGAGGACACGAUGCCGCUCAACGUUGCUCUGGAGAUGCGCUUCACCAAGCACAGCGAUAGCCCACUGAGCCCUUGCUACGGAGUCGAGGGCGACGUGUUCUUGUGGAUCGAAGUCCUCUCCGCCACGGACACCCCGCGGCUAAAAGAGUUCAACACCAGGGUCGCGGACGCCUGGUUGGCCAUCACUCUCAAGGACGGUUCACCGGCCGCGCUCCCUCACUGGGCGAAGUGGACCGACUCGUACGUCGAGGGCGCGGAGGAGAAGCUGAAGCGAGCCUACGCCAGCCGGCUGCCGCUGCUAUCCGCGCUGUCGAAGGAAUGGGACCCCAACAGGGUCUUCGUGAACGGCCUGUUCCAGAGGCUACUGUUCGACGACAGCACCAUCACCAGCGGCGAGCCAAAGGUGGUGGCGGAGGAGGAGGCUGCUGUUCCCGCCGCUGUCUCAUCGUGACGAGGGCUGCUUGCUUGCUUGCGCCACGAAACGGUUGUCGAGGUGUUGUUUGUGCCGACGACACCACCAGCGAAAGAAUACUGUAUAACGUAGGCACCAAUCUUCUUCCUUCCUUCCGAACGAACGAAUCGCGGUUACUUGUGAGAGGGCGUCGAAGGAUGACGGUGGCGGCAGACAUAGGGGCGUACCGCAAGAGGCGGAGAUAUGGUCACCCCUCUAAGGCCGAUUUUCAAGACUCUAUUACUUCACAGCCAAGCUUGUGCCAACACCAAGAAUAGUGGGAUUGGAAAAAUCUCGUCGAGGGCUUUCCGUAGGUGUAUCGGGCUCUCUCCGCGCCCUGUUGGUAGCGGAGCAAUCGAGCUUUGAAAGUCGGUCCUGGGGGGGUUGAUAUCUCUCCGCUUGUUCCGGAAUACCAUGGUACGGUAAACGGUCCGGUACAGAGAAUCUUGGUUGUGGAGCCAUGGAGACUACUAAAGUGAAUACCGUAAACAGUGCGGGUUGGACAGAACGUGGCGGGUGAAGCCGGCAAGGAGAAGCAGACGACGACUGUCGGACAGCGCGUGUUUGCUUGGAUCAGGCGGUGCGUCGCCUGGUGAUUAGUAAAUGUCGAGAAGCGUUGUUGAUAGCGAUCAUAGUCGGCGUAUUUCCGCUCGACGCGUUGACCGAUUUAGAUGACGAUGGCGAUCGAUUUCCACCCGCGUCGCCAGCAGUUUUCCCCGCCGUAGUGACGGUAUGGUAGGACUCUCAGGUUGUACAUACAGACCAGUACUAUUAAUCGCAGGAAUAGAAGAAAAUUGAAAAAACGAGGGGCCGCGAGCGGGCCAAGUCCCCCUCUUUGUACUACUCCAUUGCAGUUUGAACCUCUGGUAGGGAACCUCGGGUGUCGAUAUGUUACCUCCUCCGCGCUUUGGUCGAGCCUUCGUCACGAGUCAGGGCACACUUUGUGUUUGAACCAAACUGCAUUUUACUGCUUCUUCUGUGAAAGACUUUGCAUAGAGCCGGGUGUCGCAUACUGGACUAUCCUACAUGUGUUGAGUUACGUUCUAUUCCGACAUGAUAUUAGAAAUGAAUUGCCGGCGUUUGUUGUGUACCUGUGUUCCUAUGUACACGCGUAUCUUCUCUACUAGUCUAAACAAGAAAAAAAAACUUGGUACUACCCAAGUUGUACUACCGAAGAAACCGAUCGCUUGUUUUCGUUCCCGACCAUCUCCUUGCAUGAGGGGGCGUGACAUGUAAAUGGUUGAUUGAGCAGGGGGCGAUAAUUUGCACAGGAAGCUUGUGAAAAGGCAAGGCUUCGUUGGAGAACAAGGUAGCUUCCCC